GAAAACUCUGAACAGGAGUCUGAACACUAUACCAACUGAAAACCGCACACACAAAACUGACACAAAUAUAAAAUUAGCCUCUUUAUUCCACCCGGCUGCCCCAACCAAGAUGUCUACCGACCAAAAGACGGCCGCGUGACCCGUGUACAAAGACUGUUGCGCGCGCGCUCCCGAGAAGAGGCGGAGCGACGGGGAGAACGCUGGUGAUGACGUCAAGAAAAACUGGCGCGUCAAGGCAAAAGUCUGACAUGGCGGGAGGCGGGAAAAGAGCGCCGCAAGCGGAGCAACAGAAUAGGGAUACAGUAACAGAAGAUGUUAAAAAGAGACGCUCUGAGCAGUCAGAUGUACCAGUUGGCCUGCGGCAGGAGGUGGAAUCCUUAUAUAACCUUACUAUGCCUGAGGACUUCUAUAAAUUUUGGACAUUUUGUACAGAAAUCAAUCCUGAUGAACCUUGCGAUGCACUAAAAUCCAGCCUUGGCCUUCGGCUUGUUGGCCCAUAUGAUAUUCUUUCUGGCAAACACAAAGUGGCUAAGAAAACUUCAGAGGUGAAUUACAAUCUGCACUGGAGGUUCUUCUAUGACCCCCCGGAAUUUCAGACAAUCAUUGUAGGGGACAGCAAGCAUCACAUUGGCUAUUACAGAGACUCUCCAGAAGAAUUGCCUGUGUUCCUGGGCUCAAAUGAUGCUAGUAAAGGAUGCCAUAUCACUCCCACCGGGGACAAUGUAUUUUCUGCUGUCAAUCAGUUUGCAGUAAAGAAGCUGAAGGAGAUUUCUGACAAAAAGACAGUGACUAUGGUGAAAGAAUUGGUGGAGAAGUUGUCGUCAGCAGCAGAUAAUCUGGGGUAUGCGCUGGAACAGAAAACUGCGUCCAUGAAACGGAGAGACAAGAGAGUGGUGACAAAGUCGUUCCAUGGCGCAGGCCUGGUUGUCCCUGUAGACAAGAAGAAUGAUGUAGGAUACAGAGAACUGCCUGAAACAGAUGGAAACUUAAAAAAGAUUUGUAAAGCCAUAGUGGAAGCCUCAGAUGAUGAGAAGAGAAUGAAGGCGUUUGCUCCCAUUCAAGAAAUGAUCACUUUUGUUCAGUUUGCAAAUGAUGAGUGUGAUUACGGUAUGGGAUAUGAGCUGGGGAUCGACUUGUUUUGUUAUGGUUCACAUUACUUUCACAAGGUUGCUGGCCAACUUUUGCCCCUUGCGUACAGGCUUCUAAAACGGGAUUUGUUUGCAGAAAUAAUUCAAUCUCAUCUGGCAAAAAGAAGCAAGGAGAAUGUCAACCAGCUAGACACAUAAUCCAGACAACAGGCACAGUUUAUUAUGCAUUCUUGUUCUGUACUGUUCUCAUGUAUUAUUAUGCUAUAAAGAUCGUUUUGUGAUAAAA